AUGCACCAGGUAUGUUUUUACAAUCCAAUACAGAAAAGUGAAACACUUUUAAGUGAAAAUAAUAAAAGUUGUCUCCAUACAUUCGAUGACUCAUUGCAAAUAGUCAUCGACGUGAUCUUUGGUAAUGUAGAAAAACUAUUUUUAGAUCCAACGCAACCAAUCAUCCCUAUCCCAACCCAUACUAUUGCCGCACCUCUACCAGUCAUAACUGCUACUCAAACUACAAAUCAAUCGACUACUCUCCUUGUGACACCGGCGUGGUAUGAGCCGAUCAAAUUACCCGCUGUGAACAAAAUACGGUUGCCUGUCCAUUACAACAAAGAUUCCCCGGCUGAUGUUCGCACGUUUGAAUGUCUAUCCACUUACCGGUCGAUGAAAAAUAAAGAUCAGCCGAUCGAUUUUGUUGCACAGCCGUUUACUUCCGCCACUAAUAACACUGAGACACUCAUAGUUGUGCUUAAUGAACUUGCUCAACAACUCGGCGCCCGUCUCACUUUUACCGAAAAGGCCUUUCAAUACGAUGACAGUGACUAUCGCACGGCAUGUGGCGUUGGCAACCUUGGCAGUAUUCAUUCGAUGAUUGCAGCAGGAGAAAAUGUACAAACAGCUAAAUGUAAAUUACAUUUGAAACUUAACUAUGAAGACGUUACCUCAUCGGCUCAAACGUUGCGAGAUUUCACUAUCGCAUUUAUCAAUGAUAUCUCUGCUAUUGUCGGAUGUAAGAAAGAAUUCAUUCGAGUGUUUUCCAUCAGUCACGCAUCUUCACUCUACAUUGAAUUUGGUAUAACAACGACAGAACUUGAAGAAACAAAAAAGUUAGCUGAACAACUAAAACACAUAUUGAACCACCUACCAACCCAGAAACGUCAGGACAUUCUUCAAUAUUUGAUUCAAGAACCUUAUGACUAUCACUGGAAAGCAGCACUCAGUUUUUUGCAAUUGCAGGAAUUUGAUCUUGAUCCUCGAUACAAUCGCGAUUACCCUCACCCUCAAGAAGAAAAGCGAGGCGGACGACCGUACUAUUUUCCACAAGGAUGGUAUCGUCAUGCGCUGAAAGUAGAUAAUAAAUAUACAAAUGAUCAGGUAUGGCUGGGCAUGAAUAACUCACCGGGUGAGUGGAUCGUCGCGUAUCAUGGAACAAAAUCGGGUGUAGUAAGGAGCAUCGUGAAUGCGGGCUUAAAGCAUGAAUUCGUCACUGCUGAUGCUUGUAAACCUGAUGCGAAGCUUCAACGGCCUUCCAUCCCCGAUGUCAAAGGGUUGUAUGUGGCAACACAUUGCGAGAAUGGAGCUUCAAUUUAUACUGGUGACGGCUUCAAAAUCCGAGACUCAUCUGGAACUGUUAGAACCUACCGCAUUGUAUUUCAAUGUCGAGUUGAGAAUGAUAAAUUUACAGAGCAUAAUGGGCCGGUUAGAGUUGGACUUGCACUACGAGUGUUUGAUGAAAAAGCAAUCCGACCCUAUGGUCUACUGUUGAAAGAACUAAAAAUGGAUGGUGCUGAAUUAGUUAUAUUAUGUGGUAAAAUAGAUGCGAUCAAAGAUUGUGAACUUAAUGAUGUCAAUAUUCGAACAUUUGUCGAUCAAGCGGAGACAUUCGCGAAUGAAAAUAAUAUAUGUUUAUCUCACACAUCAGCAUUAACUGGUAAAAAUAUCCAUACAGUGUUCAAUCAAAUGAUACUAUGUAUACUGAGUAAUCACAUUCUUUUGCAAACAAUAACAGAGCGCGCCAAGGAUGCCACAGAAACACUGGUGAUCGCAUUAGCAGUCAUUAACAAAGAAUAUCCAAAACUGCAUAAGCAGUGCAGGAAACCAGAUCCAUAG